GCGGGUGGAAGCAGGAACACAAUUCGUAUGUGUAAGUGAGAACGUUCAGAACGUUGAAAGAGAACCGUGCAGCCAAGCAGAGUACGACUGGGUACAAAGUGGCGGUACACGGGGCAAAAGAAAAGCCAGUAGUGCGCCGUGGACCACCGCACUGGCAUACCGUGGUUCAUUACGAUACUCUUUGUACCAUCAUUUUUCUCGAUCAAACAUUUUCUGGCACAAACGGAAUUACAAUCGUUUACAGUCAAUUGCUAGUGCAAGUGCUAAGUGAAGCAAUAUUCAAAUACAUCAUACAAAAUAUUAUAUAUAGCUAUUAACGACUAAUGAUAAUCGGUUUUAUUAAAUUAUUUAUUUAUCAAUCAAUUUCGUGAUACUUUGAUUUUUUAUUCUGUUUUUUUUUUUUUUUUUCAUUUUUUGUUUAAUUUAAAUAUUUUUCAUUAUUGUUUUAAUUUUAAAUUUUAUUCACAAUAUCAUUCACACUACUGCAGCUGUCAGUCCAAGUUUAGUCUUCCAAAGUCACGUGUUGGAUUGUUCAGGAUACUUAUAGUGGUGAUAUUAUCAUCCAAUUACAUUUUAUGGUUCAUUAUUUUAUAUAAAAAAAAAAAAUCGAAAAACUAUCAUUGAAUCAUAAUUUCUGAGAAAACCAGCAAAACUUCCAUAUAGUUAGGAUAUAGUUCUAGUUAUUGUCGAUUUUAAAAGAAUAAAAUAAAAAUUUUCUUAUUCAAGAUAUUUAAAAAAAUUGACUUAAAUAAAAUUCAAAAUAGCUUCUCCAUUCACCGGCCGCUAAUAACUUUCACGACAUUGCGGCCGGCAAUUUAUUAUACCCGCCAGUAUUUAUGACUUUUAUCAUGUCAUUUUAAAUUGUGAUCUAAGUAAAAUGUGUUGCAAAAAAUAAAAAAAAAAAAAAUCAUACUGAUGAAAAUUUAGAUUUAAAAAAAUUAUAUAUAAAAAUAAAAAAAAUCUAAGCUAGUACACUGGCUAAUUUAUAAGUGGAUUUUAAAGUGCAAGUGUAUUCUCAACACAGUGAUAAUGAACUCGUAUUUCGAACAGAGCGCGGGUGGCUUUUAUGGAAGCCAUCACCAUCAAGCUGGAGCACCAGGUCAACAUCAUGAUCCAACAAGCGCAGUGGCAUACAGAAGCUUUCCUCUUGGCCUUGGUAUGUCACCAUAUGCCUCGAGCCAACACCAUCAUCAUACAUCCAGUGGCUUAGGCAUACAUCCUGGAAGUGGUACAAAUACAAGACCACCACAAGAUUCACCAUACGAUGCAAGUGUUGCAACUGCCUGUAAAUUAUAUUCAUCAACUCCUGAAGCAACUGGCCAUACAACUUCAUCAUAUUCAAGUACAGCAAGUAAAGAUUGCAAACAACAAGAACAAGCAACAGCGGCUGCUGUUGCACAUCAAAAUGGAUAUGCUGCUGUUAUGGCAGCAGCUGCAGUCAAAGACGUUUGGCAAUCAGCAACAUCAGGUACAAAUGGUCAAAGUAAUACAGUUGUACGUCCAUCAGCAUGUACGCCAGAAGGUACAAGAGUUGGAAGUUAUGGUGGUCUUGUAGGUGGUGAUCCAGCAUCAAGUCCUGGUAAUAAUGGCUCCUCAAGGUCUCUCACAUCUUCGUGGAACACCUGCAAUCUCAACUCUACCACUAGCCAACCGGUCGCCACUCAACUACACCAACAACCUAGUGGCAACCAUACCUUCUACCCCUGGAUGGCCAUAGCAGAGACUAGAUUUUAUAAAAGAAAAAAAUUAUUAUUGUGUGUAUUACUUCUUAUCGAAAUACAAGAAUAA